CAGGCUGGCGCCGUCCUCGGUAUCUUAAGCACCAGUUAUAUCAUGGACCGUUGGGGUCGUAAAGCCGGCGUAUUGUAUUGCUCAUUUUUCUCACUGCUUGGUGGAGCACUACUCUGUGGAUCUCGCAAUAUUGGCAUGUUCAUCGCUGCGCGGUUCAUUGCUGGGUGGGGUAGCUGGGGCUUACAAUAUCCAGCACCAACAUACUCUGCCGAGCUCGCGCCACCUGGCCUACGAGGCUUUUUCGUAGGCAUGAAUGGUGUGAACAUUGCCCUCGGGUAUGCGCUAGCUUCUUAUAUGGGCAUGGCAUUCUUCUUUGCCGAUAAUGAAGCUGCAAAAUGGAGGGGACCGCUUGGACUUGCCCUCGUUUGGCCUAUAAUGAUGAUUGGCAUAAUGUUAAUUGUCCCAGAAUCUCCGCGUUUCUUGCUGAUGCAAGGUAAAGUUGAAGAGGCCCGGGAAAUAGUUUACAGAUUGCACAAGAUCAAAGGUGAUCCAGACAUGGAAUUUGCCCGAGGUGAAUUCUAUCAGAUGCAGAAGCAAACCGAACGAGAUCGAACAUUAGAUCCGGGAUGGGUGGCUAUGUUUACCAAGAAAGGCUACAGGCGUCGAACAGCUCUCGCCAUGGGGUUCGCAUUUGUAGGACAGUCGACAGGUGUACUUGUCGUGAACAAUUAUGGACCUACACUAUACGCAACACUUGGUUAUGAUACCAAACAACAACUCGAAUUCCAAUGCGGAUGGAUCACUGUCGGUAUUAUUUUCAAUGCUGUUGGAGCCGUAUUUAUGGACAAAGUCGGACGAAAGCCCCUCAUGUUAUUUGGUGUUGCGGGAUGCGGGAUCUGCCUGGCCAUUGAAGCAGCUAUCGUAGCCACGUAUGCAGCAGAAGGCACCAACAAAGCUGCUCUAGCAGCCGGAGUAGCUAUGUUUUACCUCUUCCUCGCUGUCUACAGCAUGGGUGUCGACGUUGCUGGUGUCGUUUUCUACUCCGAGUUGUUCCCUAACCAUAUUCGAGCCAAGGGUGUCUGCUUAUCCAUGGCUACUGUUGCCUUGACAGACUUGGUAUAUCUCCAGGCGACAACAACCGCAUUUGCCAAUAUCGGUUGGAGGUUUUAUCUUGUCUUCAUCAUCAUUUGUGCCCUUGGCACAGCCCUCUUUGCUUUCCUGUUACCAGAAACCAAGGGCAUUCCUCUUGAAGAAAUGGCUAGAAUUUUUGGCGAUACAGAAGAUAUUGUAGUCUUCUCCGAAAAUGUUCAUGUCGAUCACAACACUCAUGAGCUGGUUGUGGGUAAAGAUGGACUGGAACAUAUUGCAACGCACCAGGGUAUGACGCCGGAGAUUGAAAAAGCAAUCAAGGAACACAAGGAGAAAGUAGCAGAUGUGUAG